AUGACAUCGUUCAACCAGCUGAAGCCUCCAGAGCCAGAUCUCACACUGAUGUCCAACGCGAAGUCCAUCAAAUCCUUAAGGCAGGCCGGCAUAACGGCGGCCAUCCUAAGUGGACCAACGAAACUCGUAAGUGAGGAUGAUCGACUGGAUGAAGCGGUUGUGGAUGUGAUAACAGCAGACAUCGACGCCUUGGUGCCCACUCAUGAUGAGGCUGGUCACCCCAUCGCUGAGUGGAAACGUCAGGUGAUGGUGAGACAGAUGCAGACCCGACUUCAGGAGGAGGAAGACCAGAGGAGACAGAUCAUGACCUCUGACUGCCCACCUGUGGACGGCUGGAAGUUCUCCCAGGCCCACAAUGCAGUUCUGGGCCCCUUUGGCGAGCUUUUAACUGAAGAUGACCUGCUGUAUCUUCAACAGCAAAUCGACAACAUGUCCCUCCAGAAGCGUCACCAGGCAUAUGAACUGGAACUGACCAGGUUGAUGGAAGAACUAAAUUCUGUGUUACCUGAGCAGAUUCUGAACAUUUCUCUGAAUAAAGAAGCUCUGCAGCAGAUGGACGAGCAUGGAAGGAAAGCUCUGCCAGUAUGGUGCAAUCGAGUCUCGGAGAUAGCCAGGACAAUGUCACUGUUGGUAGCCAACCUGACUCUGACCAUCGAGAAUGGAGCACAAAAGACCUCACUGGAGGAUACAACGAAGGGACAGCACAGGUCAAGGGAUCUGGAGACGGUAUCCAUUUUUGGUCAUCGUUUAAGUAGCAACAGGGAACGGGCAGAAAAGGAAAUCCGUAAGUCCGGGGUAUCUGUCAGAAACCUCCGAACCAACUUUGAAGGACAGAUUGGUGGUAUUUAUCCCUUUGCCGGGGUGGUUCCAGGAAGCCAGGCCUCGGAGAGCCAAAUGAUAUCUAAAACGUCAGAAAUGAACAGGCAAAAUAGAGGCAUGAAGUUCACUGGAGAUCCUUACAAACAUUCACAUGUUAUAGAGACAACAAGUCUAAGGAAAGAGCGCAUUGUAGUGUUGUUCCUGAGCCACUGGAAGAAGUCGGCUUAUGCUAUCACUAUGCGGACAGCUGUGCAUGACACAAAAUCAGGAAAAGGCCAGAAGAGAAUCCCCUCCUUCUUUCAGUUCUGCCAAAAGCGAGGUGCGGUGGACAAGCUGUUAACUUCCUGGAGGAAUAAACUCCAGCCGCGUGGUGCUCAAACAUCCCAUUUGACAUUGUCCCAAAGUCAACUUACCGUCUACUCGCCAGAACAAUUCCUACCUGAGGUGGAUGGUGUGGCGAUGAGCCAUGAUAGCUUGACAUUGGAUCUCUUUAUGCUAGGGUACUUCCGCAUAUUAGAGCAGGAAUUGUCACCGGUCGAGAGGAAGAUGAGACAUCUGCUCUGUUUCGAAGUCUUUGACCACGUGGGGAGUUUUCCCUGGGAGAGGGUGCGGGAAUUCCACAAGGUUGUUCUUCAUGAAAUCCGAACCGGCAGCAGACAUUGGAGCGAUGGCUUUGAUGACAUCAAAAUUCGCUUCUUCAGUCAGUCGGGACAAGAGUCUGGUUCUGGGUCAUUGCUUUCGUUUCAAAGUGUUUUGUCAGAUGAGGGUGACAGCGGCAUGGACUUGUCAUCCUUCAAAAACGAAGAUAUUUGUCAAUAUAUUGAUCGCAGCUUUGCUUUCUGGAAGGAGAAGGAGGCAGAGAUAUUUGAUUUUGAACACUAG